UUUUCAGAUAAUAUUUUCUUGAUUUUAUCAAAGGCUACUUGUUGCUCCUCGCCCCAAGUGAAUGGUUUUUCUUUUCGUGUUAAUCUUGUUAAUGGUUCAACUAUUGUAGAGAAAUUUUGCACAUGCUUUCUAAAGAAAUUUGCCAUUCCAAUUACAUGCCUAACCUCUCUGACCGUAGUGGGAACUUUUAGGUUCAGAAUUGUUUCCGUUUUUCUUAAACUAGGUGUGUAUCCUGACUCAUUUACAAUAAAACCAAGAAAUUCCAUGCUUGCCGAAGCAAAGACACACUUUUUGGGACUUAAUUUUAGAUUAAAGCGCCUAAAUCUUUCAAACACACUCCUUAAGGCUUUGAUAUGCUCUUCAAAAUUGUCAGACUUAGUAAAAAUCAGUAUAUCGUCAACAUAUGCGAUGACAUUAUCAAGCCCUGUUAACACAUGCGCCAUUAUUCUUGCAAAAGCACUAGUGGCAUUUUUAAGUCCAAAAGGUAAAUUUACCAUCUGA